CACCGUGCUCGCUAUUACUGCAUUAUUGUUUUUUAUCAACUCGCUAGAAAUUACGCUAUUCCCAAAAAAACCGCAAAUUCGCGAGUGUUUAUGUUGCGUUCCGAAGUGCAUAUCAUAGAUUAGUAGUAUUAGUAACCCCGCAAACAGCCUGCUGUCCAAGAAAACACGCGUGAUUUCCCCGCCACCCACGCACAUAGACCCCGAUAUUUCACUUUUCUUGUUUUCGACCCCUGACUGCGUUUGUGGAUUUUCCCACCAAGAAAAAAAAGCGAAGAGCAAACGCAAUUGAGCAGCCGAUCGAUUGGAACGGCAGCAAACUGAAUUCCCCGGGUUACGGAUAAUGGAGGUAUCCGCCGAUCCGUACGAGCAGAAGCUCUACCAAAUGUUCCGCAGCUGCGAGACGCAGUGUGGACUUCUGGACGAGAAGUCCCUGCUGAAGCUCUGCUCACUGCUGGAGCUCCGGGAUCAGGGAUCCGCACUGAUCGCCAGCCUGGGCGGCAGUCACCAGCUGGGCGUGUCCUUUGGCCAGUUCAAGGAGGCGCUACUCAACUUCCUGGGCUCCGAGUUCGAUGGCACGACGUCAUCGGGUUUCAUUGAGCGUUCACUGGUGAUUACGGAUGAGCCGCUAACCAGCACAUACAUCGAGAGUCCGCCGGAGUCUUCCGAUCGCGAGGUUUCACCCAAACUCGUCGUGGGCACCAAGAAAUACGGUCGCCGGUCCAGGCCACAGCAUGGAAUCUACGAGUUAUCCGUCACGGACUCGGACAAUACGGACGAGGACCAGUUGCAGCAGCAGCACAAUCAGCGAAGCCUCAACGGAUGCGAUGAGCUGGGAGUUCAGGUGCAACGUUCCUCCUCCCAGAGCGAUCUUCCUGGCAGCCGGCGUCUGCGGUCCGUCCACACCAGCGGGAGCACACUGAAGCGAUGUGCUUCAUUGCCAGCACGCCGGAAGGUGAACAGCAACACGGGAGCCACUACAUCACCGACAGCAGCGGCCAAGUUGAAACAGCUUUCCAUCCAGAGCCAGGCGCAGCACAGCAGCAGCGUGGAAUCACUGGACACCGUGACGCCGCAGCAACUGGAGACGAUCUCAGUGCAUAGCAUUAUCGAAGCCUGGGAGCUGGCUAGCAUACCCAACACUCGCAACCUACUUCAUGUCCUGGGAUUCGAUGAGGAGGAGGAGGUGAACCUGCAGCAGCUAACUAAGGCAUUGGAAGAGGAGCUGCGUGGCCUCGAUGGUGAUCACGAGCAAUCGAAUAUGCUGCGCGCUCUGGCUGCUCUGCAGGCCACCGAGUUGGGCAACUACCGACUUGCCUUUAGGCAGCAGCACGAGGAAAACCUCAAGUUGAGGGCAGAUAAUAAGGCGGCCAACCAAAGGGUGGCUUUGCUGGCCGUGGAAGUGGAUGAGCGGCAUGCGUCACUGGAGGAUAACUCCAAGAAGCAGGUGCAGCAGCUGGAGCAAAGACACGCCAGCAUGGUGCGUGAAAUAACGCUGCGGAUGACUAAUGACCGCGAUCACUGGACCAGCAUGACGGGCAAGCUGGAGGCGCAGCUUAAAUCGCUUGAGCAGGAGGAGAUCCGUCUGAGAACGGAACUCGAACUCGUGCGCACUGAGAACUCGGAGCUUGAGUCGGAGCAGCAAAAGGCUCACAUCCAAAUCACAGAGCUUCUCGAACAGAACAUUAAGCUCAACCAGGAACUGGCCCAAAGGUCGAGCAGCAUUGGUGGCACUCCGGAGCACAGUCCAUUGCGACCGAGAAGGCAUAGCGAGGACAAGGAGGAGGAAAUGCUCCAGCUAAUGGAGAAGCUGGCUGCUCUUCAAAUGGAGAACGCCCAGCUGCGUGACAAGACUGACGAACUGACCAUCGAAAUCGAGAGCUUAAAUGUGGAACUAAUUCGAUCGAAAACCAAGGUUAAAAAGCAAGAAAAACAGGAGAAACAAGAGGAGCAGGAGUCGGCGGCCACGGCCACCAAAAGGCGUGGGGAUUCGCCGAGCAAAACACAUCUCACAGAGGAGAGUCCUCGUCUCGGUAAGCAGCGCAAGUGCACCGAAGGAGAGCAGAGCGAUGCAAGCAACAGCGGAGAUUGGUUGGCUCUAAACUCCGAGCUGCAAAGAAGUCAAAGCCAGGAUGAGGAGCUAACGAGCCUUAGACAGCGCGUGGCCGAGUUGGAAAAGGAACUCAAGGCUGCAAAGGAGGGCAGAUCUCUCACGCCGGAAAGCCGUUCCAGGGAACUGGAGACCAGUCUCGAGCAAAUGCAGCGUGCCUAUGAGGAUUGCGAGGACUACUGGCAAACGAAACUCAGCGAGGAGCGGCAGCUGUUUGAGAAGGAGCGACAGAUCUACGAGGAUGAGCAGCACGAGAGCGACAAGAAGUUCACCGAGCUGAUGGAGAAGGUGCGCGAGUACGAGGAGCAGUUCAGCAAGGAUGGCCGCCUCUCGCCCAUUGAUGAGCGCGAUAUGCUGGAGCAGCAGUACUCGGAGUUGGAGGCAGAGGCAGCCCAGCUGCGUUCGAGUUCCAUUCAAAUGCUCGAGGAGAAGGUUCAGGAAAUCAGCUCGCUGCAAUCGGAGAUCGAGGAUUUGCGACAGAGAUUGGGUGAGAGCGUCGAGAUCCUCACGGGCGCCUGUGAACUCACCUCGGAAUCGGUAGCCCAACUGAGUGCCGAGGCGGGAAAAAGUCCAGCCAGCUCACCCAUCAGCUACCUCUGGCUGCAGAGCACCAUUCAAGAGCCGGCGAAAUCCCUCGCUGACUCCAAGGAUGAAGCCACCGCCAGUGCCAUCGAACUGCUCGGAGGCUCACCAUCGCACAAGACAGCCAGCCGCAAUAACCUCACCACCUCGGAAACAUCCAUCUUUAGCACUACACCCUUCGAAAGCUCUCAGUCGGGUCCUUCGCCUACGAACAGUGGCACCAGCAACGCCUACGGCGCCAAUGCCGGCCCAGCUCCGAUCAGCAAGCCCAAGCGGUCCCAGAGUCCCCAACUGGCUGCAUCGGAGGGAGAGAUAGCCGAUUGCGAGACGUCGUCGACGGCGUCCGGCAAGAGCUUCGAAUCCAACAGCAAAACGUCUUGCCUUAGCCACGAGAAGUGCAGCAGUCCGUCGGCACUGAAGGAGGAACUGAAGCGCCUUAAGUUCUUUGAGCUGUCCCUCAAGGAGCAAAUCAAGGAUCUGAGCCUGCAGCGGGACGGUCUGGUCAUGGAACUGCAGCAGUUGCAGGAGGCGCGACCCGUGCUCGAGAAGGCCUAUGCGCGAACCACGCAUCCAACGCUUCAGCAGCGACUGAACCAAUUGGAGCUGCGAAAUCGCCAUCUGCAGAAUGUCAUCAAGCAGCAGCAGCAGUACACGGAGUCCCUGAUGCAGCAAUCCUGGCGUCAGCAUCAAGUGGAGCUCAACGAUCUGCAUAGCCGAAUCGAGACCCAGGGUGUUUUGCUGGCCGAUCAGACACAGCGACUGCAGAGUGCCGACAUCCUGGUGAAGGACCUCUACGUGGAGAACUCCCAUCUGACGGCCACGGUGCAGCGGUUGGAGCAGCAGCGAGCUAGGGUGAACCUAAUUCACCAGCAGCAGCAACAGCAGCGCCUUGUGGGCGGCGGACUGCCUGGCAUGCCUUAGUUUGCCCCACCGGCAAACGUAUAUAGUUUAUAGAUAAUUAUGAAAAAGACAAACCAGAGGAGGGAGGGGUGCUCAGCAUCGGCAGACAUCGAACGUGCACCUAUCCAUAGAUCGUUAUGAAUGUUUAGACAUAUACAACACUCGGUAGAUUAAGUUUGCAUACCCGUCGUAUUCGUAUUCGUAUUCGUACGUUGCGUUUUUGUGAAUGAAUGUGAAUCCAUGUUGUUCGACACAAGAGCACAGCAGCAAUAACUACAGUGACUUUAAACUCACCCACGCGCAAAUGAGGAACAACCCACACUAGUGUACCAAUUUGUAACACAUCUAGUAAUCGAAUCGACUAAACUAUUUACACGAGCUACAGGCAUAUAUAUUCGAUUGGACAUAUACGAUGAAGUAUCCACGUAGUAUAUGUUCGUGAAACGUUGACCUUACUAAUUGACUACUGAAACAGUUAUCGUAUAUUAACUAUAUUAGAAGAAACAGUAUUUUAAAUUUGUUAUGCGGCUGAGUAGGCGAGCACGUUUAUCAAUGUUUAUCACGUGCCCAAUCAAAUGCAUCGGAAUUGUUGUUAAUUUUAUUGAUAGAGAAAAUGGAAAUGAGCGUAAAAAAUGAUCUAUGAUAUUGAUGAUAUUGAUGUAAUAUUUAACGAGAAAAGACCUGUAAAGCUGUAACCAUACACACGAAUCUAUGUAUUUAAAUUGCGAUUUAAGUUA